CAAUCGGUUCCUCGCGGCUCGCGGUGUCCAUGUCCAGAGCUGCCUCUGCUUUCUGCUUCACACACGAUCGACAGAGCAGCCCGUCCGCACGACAGCCGGCUGGAGACAAGUUUGCUCUGUAAAUUGAUUGCUCUUCUGGAAUUUCGAUCGUGAUGGCAUCAAAUUGGUCCAUAAAGUAUCUCAUCUUCGAUGAUCAGCUCGGUCGCGAGCGAUGGCUCACCGACGCUGAAAUUCUGCGGCCGCCCUUCUUCCCUGGCCGAAUCAUCAACCUUCAGCAGCGGGUGACUGCCAAGUCCUGCAAGGACGGAGGCGUCGAUGUCGUCGCAAACGUUCUGCACAUCAUCGCGGAUUCAGCUCACCAAAAUCAUGGCUCACCGAGCGCAGGCAAAGAGGACAGUCAAGUUGUUGUCAGUGUCAGUCGACUGAGGCGAGUCGCCGCAGCUCUAGAGUCGGAGCCGUCGAUCGGAGGUGAGCUCGAGGUGAGCUUUGGUCCCGCACGGAGGCUGGCCGCCAAAAUUCCGUUCGCUGACACCGAACCGCAUCGCAUUUACAAGAAGUUUGACCGUCCAGCUAGAGAGCUGUGUCGUUAAAUCUGAGAAGUGUCCGUCGCCCGGCGUGUGGCCGUGUGACGUCCAUCAUGGCUUCAAAAAAAUUCAUCGUUCAGUGUGAAGCUGAAGCUGAACCACGAGAGGUGCAUGGUUUUGAGAUCAUCUAUCCUGCGUAUAGCGCAAACAGAUUGGUGGCAGUGGGAAUGCAGGUCGGCGUCAUUUCACUAAUUCCCGGCCAGAAUCCUGUCCGGGCCUUGAUCAUUGGGGAGGUGAACACGCAACAGUCUGGCAGAAUGACUGACUUGCUACAGCCAGCCACCUCAAGCAGACCCAUUAUAGUGACCCCCGAGAUGAAAGGGAAAUAUCUGGAGGAGCAGGAGUUGCUUCUUGACCAAUUCAAAAGCACUCAUAACGCCAAGAUGCUGAAAAACUCUUGAAGGAGGCCGAUGAGUUGGAGAAAAAGCAGAUGCAGCGGAUGAGUGGCGUAAUAAGUGGCAGCUACUCUACCCCCUGGACACCUGCUCCAGGUCCCAGUGCAGCUGCAUGCCCAAGUGCCCCCUCAUGGGCAGCAGCCCAAGGCCCAGCAGCUGCUGGAGCCUCUUGGGCAGGAGCCCAAGGCCUAGCAGCUGCUGGAGCCCAAGGCCCAGCAGCUGCUGGAGCCUCAUGGGCAGGAGCCCAAGGCCUACCAGCUGCUGGGGCAUCAUGGGCUGGAUCCCAAGGUCCAGGCAGUAGAACGACUCUCUAUUCUGCCCCAGCAAUGUUCAGUCCCUUCGGAGAUGCAGUAGAAGGAAGUUUAGAUCACCUGUUGAUACAAGAGUUGACAGUGGAAGACACUACCAAACAAGAACUCAGCGAAGAUGAAGAGGCGGAGGAGGAGCAGUCUGAAGGAGCAGUCCAAGAAAAUCCAAAAAGCACAGUCACAUUGCUCAAUUUUAUGAUGUUGAAACGCCAUGAUGAGGAGUGGACCGUCUUGUCUCUGCACUUGUUCUUGAGAAAUUCUGACAUCGAUUUUCUAAUAAGCCUGGCUUCGGUGCAAGGAAACCCCGAAAAAUUGCUGAAGGGGCUCGGAUGCGUGGCCUACGGAGCCAGAAUCCUUUCGAACUCGGUGUACCUUGGACGUGCUCCGGGAGUUGACUCGUUGGACACCAGAGUCGCAUUCGCUCUUAUAGAUUGCUGCGUCCAAUAUUCAAUCGAACUGGGAGGCAAUGUGCUUACCUACAAACGUGGCCAGAGACUUCUCACCGACCUCUGCUCACAAGCCAAGAGGAUGGCUGGAAACAGAAUGGGCAGGCGUCAUGUCUUCGACGCGGAGGGAAACAACUUCAUCCAACAGCUGCUUCACAAAUACCCUAACAAAGGCUUUAUUCUGAGACGAGGUACCUGAGACGGACUAAACAGCAGCAGAGUGCAAAUGCAUCAUUUCGUUAUGAACAGCAAAGCAAUGGGUUUGAUUUUUGCAGGAGAAAGACUUGAAUUGUCAUUAAUUUAUUUUGUGAAUUAUUAAAAAAAAAUUUAUGAACUAAAACAGAACUGCAAUCGUUCAUUAAAUUAAUCUUAAGUGUAACAAACUUUGAUACGAUGUAGCCAAGAUGAAAAUUGUAUUAAAUAAA